AUGCAGCAAGCCCAGGCUGUACGAAGAUCCGCCACUGCAGAGGCGGCCGCAUCCACAACAGAAUCUUCAGCAGCGUCACUAGCAUCAACUGCUCAAGUGGGAUCCGCAGUAGACUCGGGCAUUGGCUCGUCGAGCGAAUAUGACCAGGAUAAUAGCGGCCAUCACUUGCUUCAUGCCCAGGAUGAUACGAGCGAUGCAUCUACCGAUGAAGGAUACGCCGAUUCAGACGCUUCAUCCUUUCUAUCAUCAAUCUUGUCCGAAGUCAGGCGCGGCGUAGAAAUCGAGGGCCGCCUGUACCCGUCGUACGGCAAACACGACUAUGGCAUGCCCAUUGACGAGAAAGAGCUUGAUCGCAAUGACCUGCAGCACCACAAAUACAGCCUGCUGCUCAAAGAUCGGCUGUUUGUAGCUCCCAUUUCAGAAGAACAACUAAACACAGGAAACAGCCGUAUCCUGGAUCUUGGUACCGGUACCGGAAUAUGGGCCAUAGACAUGGCCGACAAAUUCCCCCAUGCCGAAAUAAUAGGUGUUGAUAUUGCAGCAACACAGCCGUCUUUUGUGCCACCGAAUUGCGUGUUUGAAAUUGACGACGUGGAAGAAGAUUGGCCGUAUCGACAAGCGCAUUUCGACUUUGUCCAUGGACGCGACCUCAUGACAGCGGUGCGCGACUGGCCGCGAUUAAUUAGCCAGGCAUACACGCACCUCAAACCGGGCGGAUGGAUCCAGCUAGCAAGCACAAUCCCUGGAGCCCUCACCGACGAUGACACCAUCCCGCCCAAUAGCGGCUAUGUGGAAGCUGGACGCUUGUAUUACGAGGUCGCACAGAAAAUGGGCGCACCGCUUGAUGCACCUCGGGGCUGGGCCGAGCAAAUGCGCAGCGCGGGUUUUUCUAAUGUGCAGGAUGAAGUGUACAAGCUCCCCAUGGGCCCGUGGCCACGCUCCAAGCGGUUGAGAACUGUGGGAAAGCUAGAGCAAAUCAUGAUUUUGGACGGCGGAUUCGAGGCGUACCUGUUAAGAGGCUAUACACAAGUACUAGGUGGCAGAGCAGAAGAUUUGCAGAUUAUACUCGCCCUUGCGAAGAGGGAGGUUAGGGAUCCAAAUGUGCAUACUUAUGUACACUUUCAUAUUACGUAUGGGCAGAAGCCACUUUAA